AAUUCUUUCUUCUUCUUCGCCUAUUUCCAUGUCUCUUCCUUCUCAGUUCUCCUUAGGUCAAACUUUCUCAGCCUUACUUCUAUAAAUACCCCUAUUUUUCACUCAUAUCCCCAUCAAACUCAAUUUUCUUCAUUCAUCGAGUUUCUAACUCUCUUUCAACCUAAUAAACUAAAGUAAAAGAACUUCCUUUGUUUACUUGAAUCACUGCUUCUUGAGUUUUUUUUUCAGUUUUGCACGAAAAGAAAUGACUGGGUUUUUCUCUUUAUCAAAACAUUCAUCCCCUCCACAUGCUUCUUCACAAUCCACAACUCAUAAAUUCAGUGACACUUUAAUGGAGGAUACAUUAAAGAACGCUGAAGAAAUUAUUAAAAGAUGGGAUCUUGAUGAGUCCAGCUCAAAUCUCUUUCAAGAUAAUAGAACAGAGGCUAAGCAGUUUCUGGAUGCUGUAAUUGAUUUACAACAUGCUAUGCAGUUUGUUGUAAAGGAAAGUUCCACCUCCCAAUUGCUUGUUCGAGCUCAAAAUCUAAUGAAAAUCGCCAUGAAGAGACUUCAGAAGGAGUUCUACACCAUUUUGGCCGGAAAUCGAUACUUUCUCGACUCGGAAAGUGGGUCAAGAGAAUCCACCAGGUCCAGUGGUUCGGAUGAAGAUCAAGGUUCCGAAGAUGAUAAUGCUGAAAUUGAAGCUCGUUUUGCUGAGAUUUCAAUUGCUGAUGAAGGUGAAAAGGUUUCUGUAGCUGUGGAUCUGAAAGCUAUUGCUGAUUGUAUGAUUGAAGCAGGGUAUGGAAAAGAAUGCUCCAAGAUUUACGAACUUAAUCGAAAAUCUGUCAUCGAAGAGACAUUGUAUUACUUGGGGGUUGAAAAUAUUUGCCCUUCAACCGUUCAGAAAAUGGAAUGGAAAGAUUUGGAGAAGAAAAUCAAGAUCUGGUUGAAUGCUGUUAAAGUUGCUGUUAGUACUCUGUUUUACGGCGAGAGGAUUCUCUGUGACCAAGUUUUCUCCAUCUCCGAUAGCAUCAGAGAGUCUUGUUUCACAGGGAUUGCAAAAGACAGUGCUCUAACUCUGUUCACCUUCCCGGAGAUGGUGGCGAAAUACAAGAAGCUAUCUCUAGAGAAAAUGUUCCGUAUUCUCGACCUCUACGACUCUAUUUCUGAACUCUUGAGUGAAAUUGAAGUGAUUUUCGGCUUCGAUUCUACGGUUGCUGUUAAAUCUCAGGCGCUGACCUCCAUGGCCAAGCUACGAGAUGCUGCACGAGCCAUGCUGGCGGAGUUCGAAUCGGCGAUUAAGAAAGAUUCAUCUAAAGUAGUGGCUGGUGGCGGAAUCCACCCUCUAACACGCUACGUUAUGAACUACCUUAUUUUCCUCAGUGAUUACAGUGGACCCGUCUCCGAUAUUAUCGCCGAUUGGAAGGCAGUGGUAAAGUCACCGUUGCCGGAAUCUUACCUCUUGAGUCCAAUAGCCGACGACGGGGACUCACCGUCUUGUAUCGUUUCCGUACGACUCACAUGGCUUAUCCUCGUUCUCCUCUGCAAACUCGACGGCAAAGCAGGGUUCUACGGUGACGUUCCGUUAUCCUAUUUGUUCUUAGCAAACAACCUAAACUACGUCGUUUCGAAGGUCCGACAAUCCAGCCUGAAGCUCCUAUUAGGACCCGAUUGGCUUUCAAACCACGAAUCUAAGGUAGAACAAUACAUGGCGAAUUUCAAGAGAAUGGGUUGGAGAAGUGUCAUGACGUCACUGCCGGAGAAUUCAACGGCUGAGAUUUCUCCGGCGGAAGCGAAGGAAUGUUUCUGUAAAUUCGGUUUAAGUUUCGAAGAGACAUACUGGAAGCAAAGAUCAUGGGUUAUACCCGACCCGAAACUCCGUGAUGAAGUGAAAAUAUCAUUGGCGAAGAAGAUCCUUUCGGCUUAUCGGCCAUUUUACCACAAGUACGGUGAAAAGGUGGCGUGGAUGGAGAGUGGUGGCGGAGUGGAGUCAAUUCUCAGAUUUGCCCCUGACAAUGUGCAAAAUUACUUAUCCGAUUUAUUUCACGGUUCUUCAGAAAACUCCAGUACGACGUCGUCAUCGCAUGGGUCAUCUUCACGGUCGACCCCAACGUGGUCAUCGCCACCACAAGGCCGUUGACAAUAAUUAAUAGUACUUUCUCCGUUUCCGUUUACGUGGCAUCCUUUGGUUUUAGUGAAUACUAUAUAUAUUGAGGCGUUGAGUAUUCCUACACUAUAGAGUGAAUGCAGACAUGAAGUAUUCUUUCAUUUGUGUAAAAGAUACAAAAGUUGUACAUUGUUCAUUUUGC